AAAGUUUAUAUAAAGGACAGUAUUGGUAUUAUGAUUAAAUUUUGAUGAAAUUUGGGUGUAACUAGAUUUUUUUGGGUGUGGGUAUAUGUAAAUAACUAUUCCUUUCUCCUUCCACAUUUGCUCAUCGCCAACCACAAAUCCUCGCCGCCAAACACCUUACUCGCUGCCAACCGCUCUGUUCUCCGGCAACGGCCGUUUUGCUCGCAACUAACCGCUCGCCGCCGCUAAAAAACAGAAUGAAAGCAAGAACAUAACCGCAGGCUCUUACAAUUACAACAUAGAAAGAAAGAAAAAGAGAAAAAAACAGCAAAAUGCUGAGAAGAGUUAUUCAACAAUCUCGCACAUUUCAUCGUUCCAUCGCCAACACCUACUCAGCACCAUGCCAUUUCUCUUCUUCUACAAUCUCCAUCGACCGCUCUUCCCUUCACAACCCCCCUGAACAUUCUCACAACCCCACUUCUGAUUCUGAACUCGUCAAACACCUCAAAGGAAUUAUCAAGGUACCCAUCACUUCUUUCCAUCAUAAUCAUAAACAAAAUUGGGUCUUUUCCCCUUUAUCCCAAUUGGGUCACAAUUUUUUUUCUUUCCAGUUUCGUGGAGGUCCUAUUUCAUUAGGUGAGUAUAUGUCAGAAGUUUUGACAAAUCCUAAAGCUGGAUAUUAUAUCAAUCGAGAUGUUUUUGGAGCUCAAGGUGAUUUUAUCACAUCUCCUGAAGUUAGCCAGAUGUUUGGUGAGAUGGUUGGUGUAUGGGUGAUGUGUCUGUGGGAGCAAUUGGGCCGACCGGAACGAGUAAAUCUAGUUGAGCUGGGUCCUGGACGAGGAACGCUUAUGGCUGAUCUUCUUCGUGGUGCUUCUAAAUUUAAGAACUUCACUGAGGCCUUACAUGUACACCUGGUGGAGUGUAGUCCUGCACUGAAAAACCUUCAGCACAAGAAUUUGAAAUGUGUUGAUGAAGAGAACGCAGAUGAAGAUACUGAUAAAAGAACUGUAAGCACUUUGGUUGGCACACCUGUGUCAUGGCAUGCUACAUUGGAGCAGGUUCCUUCAGGAUCGCCAACAAUUAUCAUUGCACACGAGUUCUUUGAUGCCCUACCAGUCCAUCAAUUUCAGAAAGCAUCUCGUGGAUGGUGUGAGAAAAUGGUUGACGUGGCAGAAGAUUCAUCGUUAAAUUUUGUUCUAUCUCCACAUCCUACACCUGCAACAUUGUAUCUGUUGAAAAGAGCCAAGUGGGCUGCAACCGAGGAGAUUGCAAAGCUCAAUCAAAUUGAAAUCUGCCCCAAAGCUAUGGAUUUGACUCAGACGAUCGUUGAAAGGAUAAGUUCUGAUGGGGGUGGAGCUUUAAUCAUUGACUAUGGCUUGGAUGGAGUAGUCUCAGAUAGUCUCCAGGCAAUACGGAAACACAAGUUUGUCAAUCUUCUAGAUGACCCCGGAUCUGCUGAUCUCAGUGCAUACGUUGAUUUCGCUUCUAUUAGACAUUCUGCAGAGGAAGCUUCAGAAGAAGUGUCUGUACAUGGGCCAAUUACUCAAUCUCAAUUUCUUGGCGCCCUUGGAAUAAACUUUCGUGUUGAAUCCCUUCUUCAAAACUGCACAGAAGAGCAAGCUGACUCUUUGAGGACCGGAUACUGGCGUCUAGUAGGUGACGGUGAAGCUCCGUUUUGGGAAGGAGAUGAUGAUAGUGCUCCGAUUGGUAUGGGUACUCGCUAUAAAGCAAUGGCAAUAGUGAACAAGAACCAAGGUGUUCCAGUUCCUUUUCAGUAAAAGCUUAAUCAAAUUAAAAUGAUCAAGCUGUCACAUGCUAUACUAGAGUUGGUUUUCAAUUUUUAUCGAAAUCUUUCUUCAAUAGCUUCUUGUUAUGCUUUAUAGUUGGUUUUCAAUUUUUAUCGAAAUCUUUCUUCAAUAGCUUCUUGUUAUGCUUUAUGUUGUAAUUCGUAAGAGUUGUAAGAGGCAACAUUAGUAAUUUUAAUACACAUUGUAUUAAUCGAUAUCAAGAAACAAUUAAUAAAAGUUAUAUUUGGGAUGAA